AUGCGUUUAUGUAUAUAUAACUCUUGCGCUUUUGAUGAAAUCCACAGCAGCUCUAAAGGUUUUGGUCUGAGACCAAGUGCUAAUAAUGGCUAUUAUCAUUCCCAGUCUAAAACCAUUUUGUUUCUGCAAAAUGCUCUCUCCACCACAAAAAAAAAACAAUCAGUGUUCAGCGUUCAUUGUAAUACUCUUUGCCGAUCUGCAAACUAUCAACCUUCAAGCUGGCGUUAUGAACGUAUCCAGUCAAUCUCAAGUGAAUAUGGGAAAGAAUCAUAUGUAGAAGAAAGAGAUGGGCUGAGGGAGCAAGUUAGAAUGAUGAUUUCCCAACUCACAAAUGAUUUGGAGAAACUUGAAUUCAUCGACUUGUUGCAAAAGCUGGGAGUGUCUGACCAUUUCGUCAUUGAAAUAAGAAACAUAUUGCAACAUGUGAUUGCCAAAAGUAAACACAUGUUAAAAACCAAGAAUAACUUGCACAGAAGUGCUCUUCAGUUCAGAAUCUUAAGGCAACAUGGAUAUGAUGUGUCAUCUGAUGUUUUCAAAAGUUUUCAGGAUGACAAAAGGAAUUUUGUCUGGGAUGAUAUCAAGGGGAUACUAUCAUUGUAUGAAGCAUCGUUUCAUUCAAUGGAAGGUGAAACUAUACUUGAGGAAGCAAGAGAUUUUUGCAGUAUUCAUUUGAAACAAUUUCUGAAGGAGAACCAGCAAGACAGUGAGAUGUCAAUAAUGAUAAGUCAUGCACUAGAGCUUCCCCUACACUGGAGGAUACCAAGACUUGAGGCCCCAUGGUUCAUUGACUUAUACCAAAGAAGGAAUGAUGUGAACCUUUCAUUGCUUAAAUUUGCUCGUUUGGAUUUCAAUUUAGUCCAAGUCACCCAUCAACAGGACUUAAAAUACACAUCAAGGUGGUGGAAAGAAGUGGGACUUGGAGGAAAGCUGACCUUUGCAAGGGACAUGCCCACAGAAAAUUUCUUUUGGGGUUUGGGAAUGGCUUCCCAACCUGAGCUUUCAUAUUUUAGAAGAGAGAUGACUAAGAUCACUUCCUUCAUAACCAUAAUUGACGAUAUUUAUGAUGCUUAUGGAACAUUGCAAGAACUUGAACUCUUCACUCAUGUUGUUCACAGAUGGGAUCUACAUGCAAUGGACAUUCUUCCAAGUUAUAUGAAAAUAUGCUUUCUUGCACUGUAUAACUCUGUCAAUGAGGUAGCUUUUGCCAUCCUCAAACACACAGGCUUCAACAUCAAUCCUUUCCUCAAGAAAGCGUGGGGUGACCUCUGUCAAUCUUAUUUGAUAGAGGCCAAGUGGUACUACAAUGGUCACGUGCCAAGCAUGCAAGAAUAUUUAGAAAAUUCAUGGAUUUCAGUGGGAGGACCAGUGGCUCUUGUUCAAGGUUACUUUUUGAUUCAUCAUGAUUAUUCAGUUAUUAGACCCCAAGACUUGCAAUAUUUACAAGAUCAACAAGAAUAUCCCAAUAACAUCAUUCGGUUUUCUUCAACUAUUGUACGACUUGCUAAUGAUCUUGCAUCGUACAAGAUUGGUGGUAAUCGUGAUGAUGAUGAUGUUCCUAAGUCACUAAAAUGCUACAUGAAUGAAACUGGAACUUCUGAAGAAGAGGCUUAUGAGUAUGUCCACACUUUGAUGUGCCAAACAUGGAAGAAGGUGAAUGAAGCAGUGCAUGACUCUGCAUUCUCUCCAAGUUUCACGGAAAUUGCUAUGAACCUUGCAAGAAUGGCUCAAUAUAUGUACCAACAUGGAGAUGGUCAUGGUGAAGAUUCUCAUAUUAACCUUCGUAUGAUCUCGUUGCUUGGUCAUCCUAUUCCUAUUAUAUCAACAAAUUAUUGAUUUUGUUUCUUUUGCAUUUAUAGUCUU